AUGGCGACAGACAUUCCCCAAUCGUCUGUCAACGGCACACGUGGCCAUUCGGGGGGGAUUGUGAGUAUUUACACUGGGUUGUUUUUCCUGCUGCAGGUCUUGUGCUUUGGCAGCAUCUGUGUGCUGUACUCCACAGUGUGCCUGCUCGUCUUCCCCACGCCGUCUCACCCCGCCCGGCUGCGCUGCGGAACCGAUCUCCUCGCAGACUUAAUAUUUGUGUGCGGCGAGCGGGGAAUCUACCUAGGGAAAGGUAACUGGUCUGGAUACGGUACAAGGCGUAGAGGCAAAGGAAUAGUGGACCACUGCUGCCAGUCGGCUGGCUGUGAUCUGCAGCACCUGGAAAUGUACUGCGCCAAAGCCAAAGACCUCCCCCAGCAACACACCACCCCACAGCCCAUCAGCCCAGCACCAAACGGCUCACAAGCAAGUGUGGAACAGCAAUUUGAAGUAGUAUUUCAAAAGCGGCUUACAGAGCAUCUAGGGCCUCCCAACAGCCAGAAGAGGAAGAACUAUAGAAGGAAAUCACAAAAUGUGCUCAAGAGGAAGAAACCGGCUUCACCGUCCAGGAGGCUCCCAACUCAACAGCCGACCAGCCGGCCUUCUCCGGUCUCUCAGAGUCCCCUCAGAGGAUUCACCACACUCACAUGA